GUCCAAACAUCUGCUUCAUCAUCACCAAUGUCUUCUCCCCUUCGUUGUUAUUUCGACUAUGAGCACUCAAGCUGCUCAACCAGCUCCGCAGUCAACCUCGUCGUCACGCCCACCGGUAUCACUUGGUCAAACCACACAUCUUGACCCGGGUGCCUACGUUCGCGGCAGUCACGCUAUCACACUCGGUGAGCAUAGUCUGGUACAUCCACGCGCUCACCUUGUAGCGAUUCAUGGUCCAAUAUCAAUCGGCGACGGGUGCAUCAUCUCCGAGAAGUGCGUGAUCGGUGGUCCGGUGCAAGGCUCAGCUAGUCCAGGACUACCUCAAAGCCCUGAGACUGAGCACAACGAGUCUGAUCCAUCGAAGACCACAAUUGGUGCAAAUGUCUACAUUCAAGCAAAUGCACAGAUCCAUGCGGGAGCCACCAUUCAAGAUGCCGUGCUGAUUGAGGCACAUGCCGUGGUUCUGUUAGGUGUCACUGUCGGUUCGCAUGCCAAAGUUUGCGCAGGAGUUACGCUAGAACGGGAUCUUGAGGAUUGGGCAGUCGUGUAUGGCCAUGGAGAUGUCAAACGAUCGAGGAAACCGAGUGCCGAUGCUGGCGCGGAACAGGCAGAUCUCGUCGAGACGGUGAGGCUAAAAGCUAUGGACAAAGAGCGGGAAGGUACGGCUGCUAUCUUGAAGUUGGCUUCACGAAUGGCCAGUGUGGCAAAGAAGAAAUGAGCGGCCGCAUAAUCCUAUCAUCCAUGAGCCAGAGAGAUCUGAAAGCACUUGGUGUUGUGAGUCUAGGCUCGCCGCUUUCUUUUCAAGAGGAGGUCCACCAUCAACACGUCGAGUUUGCCGCACCCAUCACACGGUGUCCCACAGACUUCUUAGUCUGUAUGAAAUCAACUUUGUUGGCCAGGCAUCAGAUGGCUUUGUCUGAUGUCGUUGAGGAGAUACUCACAUCUCAGAUCCAGAUCCUUCGGUUCUAUGACCGUGCUAUAUGUCGGCAGAAAGACUUCGCGGUCAGAGCGGUGCUUGGCAGCUUGCAGGCGCAAAGUAACAGGGGCAUGAGUACGAAUGCGGUUCUGGAUCAACGCUACACGAGGUU